UCAAAAACAAGUUAGGCUAUUUAUUUUUUACAAUUUUGACUAUAAAUGUUGUUUUGUGAAUUCCACGUAAUUGGCCAUGAGUGAAUGUGGAAUUUUAAACAGGAGGAGGAGAUUCAGGCCACACUUAUACGUUCGAAAUGUGCGAUCCAUGUCGAUUUUUACGGAGAUGCAUCAGCUGGCAUGGCGGAUGCUGUCCCCGAUCUAGUUGCUCUUGUCCCAUAAAUACGCGGAAUUGUCGCGUGGUGUUUCCCGGGGAGUAUCAAAAGUUCUCGGACAUGGUGCCACCCAGUUUUCUUCUAAAAGAACCAAAGCCACCAAAGAAAAAGAAACGUUCUAAGAGUUGUACACCAUGUGUGGAUAGAUGUAAGGAUCCGUGUGCGGAUAAAUGUAAGCCAAGGUGUGAGUCUCCAAUUCAAGAUUGUGAAGAGGAAAAUUAUGGAAUUGAUAAGCAAAAUGCUGAGGAAUGCGGUCAAGAUGAUGGUACAGGAUUUCCGGGAGCUCCAGGAGCGGGAUUUCAGGAAGUUCCAGGAGCUGGAUUUGGUUUUCAGCCGGGGCAACCUACUAUUAUACCGUGCUAUGGAACCUAUGGUCCGGCAGGAAAUGCCAUGAUUUUUGGAAUACCACCACCCACGCAAUAUGGAAACUUUGGCAUCCCAGGUCCCAUGGUUUUACCAGUGGCUCCACAAUGUGCAGAGGGACAGGGAGAUGCUCGUCAUCCAAGAGGACCUCCGGCGGCAGGUCUACCCACGCAAUAUUCCUCGAAGUUUAAUCCCUGUACCGGAGAAAUUUACCAAUGCGGAAAUCAACAAAUGUCCGUUGGCAGACCAACAGAAAUGGGACCAGGCCCGUCCUACAACCAAUUCUGUCAGGGCAUGGGCAUGCGUUUCCCAGAAAGCAAUCAGUAUAAUCCAUUUAAUGAGACGCAUUCCAAUAUAUUUUCCGGAGCUCCUCCAGUUUAUAGCCAGCAAAGUCAGCCUAUGCACUUUGGACCUAACAAUCAGAAUAAUUAUUAUGUAGGACAGACAAGCCUAAAUUCUAGUCAAGUUCCACAAUGUGAGCCAUCAACGGGACAAGUGCAUCAAGGUGUUAAUAGAUCAAAGUCCCUGGGUCCACGGAACGAGUUCAGGGGAGAACCAUCCCAAUUUGAACCGAACAACCUGAAUUAUCCCCAUAAUUCAAGAUCAAUUGUCCUUUCUAAGUCAUCUGUGGUGCAAGUAAGUCAUGCUGCUAGUAGGUCAAAGUCCCAAACACAUAGGAACGAAUCGAGGAGUGGUCGUUCUGCCAAACCAACCGAAUUUUGGGGAGCUCCAGGAAUGGAAUGUAACACCCAGCAUUAUCCUGAUAAUGGUGGAGAAAGAUAUUUAGAACGUAGAUCCGUUUCCAAAUCAAUUUCAAUUCGUGGUCAAGGUGAUAGUAGAACGCACGACUCCAGAAAACGAAAUAAAUCGAUGGAAGCUCCCUUAAGUAAUGAACACGAAUCAAACAUUGUUUAUACCCAGCAAUGUGUGGGCAUGGGUAUUGACCCUUCCAAUCAGUACUUUCCCUACAACGAUUGUGCUCCAUUAAAUGCUACGUUUGUGCACCAGUUAAAUAUUUCACACCAGGGUAAUGAAGGAUCAACUUCCGCGAAAGCACAAAAUGUAUCAAAGGAAAGACCAGGAAAAAGUAAAAGUCCCACAAAAUGUCCAUCAAGUAUGAAAGGAUCGAAAGGACCCCCUUCUGAUCACCCCACUAAAUGUUACUGCACGCGUUUCGAUCCCAACAAUCAAUAUUAUCCGUACUUUGUCUCUGAGGAAUCAGACUGUCCACCUCCCAAGAAUACGAAACCAAAAGAGAGGGUCCAGAAGAAUGACUGUUCGGAGCUUCUCAGCCGCAUCACCGAGUCCUGUCCUCCGUGUGAUCUGCAAAAGUGGUGCCAUCUCCUGAUGCCGAAGGAGAAGCGCAAGAAUCAGGAUAAACCGGCUGCCAAGAAGAACAAGAAGGCGGAUGGGGCGAAGGUCAAAAGGUCAAAGUCGAAGGUCAAGCAGAAGAUGAGUGCGAAGAACUCGAAGGAGGUAGUCGCUAGUGAGUCAUAUCCGCAGACGCCAAACAAUGCCGAGGAAUCCGUAGGAAAUGAGCCCCAAAGAGCCGAGGAAGCCAAAUGUCCGGGUGGUUGUAAGGAUCCCUGUCCUGCGGCUCCGCCGAAACCAGAAAUGCGCCACUGCGGCUGCUCUGCCAACUUGCCGGAAGAAAACUACACCCAGCCGGUGACUUGUGGUUCUUGUCCCCUAAACACCAACACCGGAUGCACUGGCUGCUGUAAUUCGUGCCCCUGGUCCUGGUUCUAUAAUCCCUGCAACGGCUGCUAUUACUACUGUGCGAACUGCUGCAAUGGCUGUUGUAAUUACCGCAAUUACUGCUGCAGUCCCUGCGGUCGCUGUUGCAGCAACUCGACUCCUCCUCCUCCUUGUCAGCUGGAGAAAAUCCCACCGAGGCCAAAGCAAAGGGAAAAGCCGGAUAAAGGGAUCAACAGCAGGCGAAAUUCCGCCGGGGCGACUGUGACUUUCAAUAGUCCAGGAUUCUGCGGCCUAACUCAUCCAACAAGAGUCCCAAUGCAUUCGGUCUCAACUAUGCCAGGAUAUCGUCCCACUGCUUCAACUCACUUCAACUUCCCCUAAAACUAACAUCAUGUCUAAAUUUUACGUUGAAUAAUAUUUAUACUUUAAUAAUAAUAAAAAGAAGAAAGGAAGCUAACUUCAGCAAACCGAAUGUUAUAAACCCUGGUAAAUUGUAAAAGCACCAUAUCUAUAAUUAUAUAUAAACCGAGCUUUGUA